UCUUUUUCUCUUGUCGUAAAACAUUAUUUGUUCCGCUUAUUGCAACGUUUUUUUUUCGUUUAGUGUUUUUUACAAUCUUGUCGGGUGUACGUAUUUAUUGGUACACACCAAACAUCAAUUAAAUAUUGUGUACGUAUUUUUGGUACACACCAAUCUUGAAUUAUUAUUGUAAAUUUCGAUCUGUACAAUCGGACUGUGUGGUCAUUGUGAUCAAUCCAAUUAUUAUUAUUAUUGCGAUAUUACGUGCGACGCUACUGGAAGCCGUCACUGCACCGGCUCAUUAUUAUUGUUUGGAAUAAACGGCCAAUUAUUAUCAUUCAAACC